ACAAAUAGGGACACAUUCUAUGCUGAAACCACCAUCAGGGACGCCUCAACAUGCACAUCUGCAUGGAGCUGUUCCUCAAAUGUGUUUGAUGCUGCAAAACAGAUUUGCUUUGGUGGGCCACCAGGAAUGAACCUAGCUUGUGAUGGUGACAUUGGAGGCCCAUUGGUGAUUGGAAAAGGUCUAUCUGCCAUUCUGGUGGGCAUUAUUUCCUUCACUGACAAAACUGAUGAUCCCAUCUGUGAUACAUGUAUUGCACUUACAACCACCCCAACCACUACUACAGCUGUGCCAACCACCACUACAGCAGUGCCAACCACCACUACAGCAGUGCCAACCACCACUACAGCUGUGCCAACCACUCACACCACUACAACAAUGCCAGCAGUGCCAACAACCAUGAUGAUGACCUCAUCAACUUCCAUGACAGCAACAGCAGUCACUGGAACAAGCACAGCCAAAUCUUCACCAACCUCAACACCUUUGACAUCCAGAAAAACAGACCCAGCAGUUCCAGGACAAGAACCAAGUAAAACUGGUGCAAUGACUUCCUGUCUAAGCUGGCUGUGGAACCAACUGGUCUGGAAAACAUCAGAGCGGAUGACCCCUGCUGCUGCCAGAGUUAAACGUUCCCCACGUCAGGCAAGAUCUGGUCCAUUUUGUUGCACCAAUAAGCCAGCAGUUGCCACCAGUGUCACUGCUUAUUUUGAAUGGAUAGAAACAGCCAAAGCAGCUCUUUUGGAGGGA